GUGAUGGUGGUGAUGGUGAGGAUCGACAUGAGAGUGACGAUGCCCGAGCGCUGAGAGAUGAGGCUCCGAAAUGGCACUGUGGUGACGGCGGUGGUGCUGUGCGGACUGGUGUCCGUCUCCUGGUACGCGGCGUUCUUCACCCCAAAGGGAGAUGUGGUGGAUAUAUAUCAACAUGAAUUUCUCGCACUUCGAGACCGACUGCGUGCAGCUGAGCAAGAAAAUCUCAAACGUUCUAAAGAGCUGAACCUUGUCUUGGAUGAGAUAAAGCGAGCCAUUGCCGAGAAACAAACGUUGAGGGACAUUAACAGGACCUGGAGUAAUCUAUCAGAUGAAACUAAACUGAAGCUAUGGAACAUCACCACCAGUAAGAAUGUGCUGCAGCUUCCCAGCAUCUUCCAUCAUCUUCCGCACUUACUUGCCAGAGAGAACAGUUUCCAGCCUUCUGUGUACCUGGGGCAGAGGAGAACUGGGGUUUCGAUAGUGAUGGGAGUUCCCACUGUAAGGCGGGAAGUACACACUUACCUGGUUGACACCCUGAAUUCCCUGAUCUAUGAGCUGUCUCCUGAGGAAAAAGAAGAUUGCGUGAUUGUUGUACUUAUUGCAGAGACCGAUAUAUCAUAUGUAAAUAGUAUCGCAGAAAAUCUCAAGAAUUUAUUUCCAAAUGAAAUCCAGUCGGGACUCCUUGAAGUCUUAGCGCCUUCGCUCAACUACUACCCUGAUUUCUCUCAUCUAAAAGAAACCUUUGGGGAUCCGAAGGAGCGGGUUAGAUGGAGAACAAAGCAGAAUCUGGACUAUUGCUUUCUAAUGAUGUAUGCUCAGUUGAAGGGCACCUAUUAUGUUCAGCUGGAGGAUGACAUUGUGGCCAGACCCAGUUACUUUGGAACAAUGAAGAACUUUGCGCUGCAGCAGCCGUCGGAGGAGUGGAUGAUCCUGGAAUUCUCCCAGCUGGGAUUCAUCGGUAAAAUGUUCAAAUCCUUGGACCUAAGUCUGAUUGUGGAGUUUAUUCUCAUGUUCUAUAAGGACAAACCCAUUGACUGGCUGCUAGACCACAUCCUGUGGGUCAAAGUCUGCAACCCCGAGAAAGAUGCAAAACACUGUGACAGGCAGAAGGCUAACCUGCGGAUCCGGUUCAAACCCUCCUUAUUCCAGCAUGUUGGCACUCAUUCCUCACUGGCCGGAAAGAUCCAAAAACUAAAAGAUAAGGAUUUUGGAAAACAUAUGCUGCACAAGGGCCACUCCAACCCCCCGGCAGAGGUGACGACCAGCCUGAAAACCUACCAGCAUUUCACCCUGGAGAAGGCGUACCUGGGGGAGGAUUUCUUCUGGGCUUUUACCCCAGUGGCUGGUGAUUUUAUACGGGUCCGAUUUUUCACUCCAGUGAAAGUGGACAAGUUUUUCUUCCGCAGUGGGAACAUUGAGCAUCCUGGAGACAAGCUCUUCAACACCACCGUGGAUGUGCUGCCAUUUGAUAAUGUCCAGUUGGGGAAGGAAACUCUGCUGGAUGGUAAAGAGAAGUCUCCACGGUACCAGAGGACUGAGGACGGAUUUAUCCGAAUUGCCUCAUUUACGAAUGGCAUUGCUGAGGGGGAGGUGGACCCGGCCUUUGGACCAUUGGAGGGCUUCCGUCUCUCUAUCCUGUCAGAUUCGCCUGUUUGGGUCAUACUCAGUGAGAUAUUUAUAAAGAAAGCUGAAACUUAACAGAAGAGGAAACUUGAGCUAUGACAAUGAUCAUGUGCAGCAACGUUUGGGUGGAGAUGUUUCUCAUCGGGUUCUGCGCCUGAACCAGUCAAUCCCGGCCAUUGUUUCACACACAGACUGUGCCGUCUGGUGGCCACUCCGGGAAGUGCAAGAGAGGGGGAAAAUCUGAGUGAGACAAAAGAAAUCUGCCGUUUCCACGGACAAGGUGUCGCUGAUGUUUUUAUACCAAAUAACAGUUGUAUGAAAGAAACGCUCAAUUUUUACACUGAAUCUUCUGUUCUGAUACGCGGUGCGUCAUCUGUCACAAAUGGAAACUAACAUUUUUACCUGUUUUUCUGAACAAUCGACCCUGGAGGUGCUGGGAGCAGUGAGACUGAGGGACUGAGCACAUGAGAAGAGAGAGAUUAAGGAGCACUCAAACCAGGAAUUAUUCAGAACCUUUAUUUUACUCCUUUUAGAGAUAAUGUUAGAUAUGAAUCCCAGUGUGAACCUAAGUGGCUUCAGUAACCCUGAGGUAGAGUGGGGGAAAUCAGACAGGGUUCCUACUCCUGAGAACUAUCCAGAAACCCUGUAUUGUAUGUGUCUGCUGUCUGGGCGUUGUCUGUGACUGGACAUUGGGUGAGGACUUGAUUGAGCUUGAGUGAUUUUCACUCUUUUUCGCCCCCACCCUGCAGUCAAGUUCCUGCCAACAAUGAAGAAUGGCCACAGUGAGCUCCUGGAGGGGAAGAAAGGCCUCUGGAAGAUGGUCUAAUUCAAAGGCCACCUGCGAUUCCCAUCCUGAAUUCUGAAUUUCCGUGGUUUGCACCUUAACUCCAGAAAUGAAAGCUGAAUGAAUCCUGCUCCUGGUAAAUCAUGUUAGUUAAAACAGUAUCAUCAAAUCUGGUCCUUUAAUUGCUUAAUCGUUCGUGCUAAAUUGAGAAGCAACAGCUGUGUGUGUGCUGGCCAUUCUCUGGGGAGGGAGAGGUACAACUCAGUCAUUAGUGACGGUCAUUUAUGGUCAAACAAAUACUUUUGUUUGAUAUUUUCAUAUCCUAAGCGAGCUUGUACAAAAACCGCAAUCAUGUCUAUUGGAAUCUGAGUUGCCUGUAGGUAAUAUUGCAGAUCCUACAUGAACUGUUUAACCUAUCCAUGUGAGCGAGAAACUUGGUUGCAUGGACCAUACCGAUCUCUAGAGCGACCUUCAAAAUUACACCACUUACUCCGGACAGUGAGCUGAUUGUUGUGAAUCUGUAGUCAUGGACAAGCGAAGGUAUCUGAACCAGGAUAAGUACAAAUCCGGCUGAGUGAACCCUGGAUCUGGGUCGUGUGUUUUGUCAUUGAGCAACCAAUGUCCCAGCUGUUGGUUCAGACAAAGAAAAUGUAAACUAAAGCUGGUUCACUCAUCGAAGCUAAGAGUUGGCAUCACAGGCUUGUGAGCCUAACACCUCAGAACUUUGGAGGCCUUUGUACUUCAAUUUUAAACCUAAGGAACUUAUUCUCUAUUAUUUUCACAAUUUUAUUACAGCCGUUUUAACUUUCAUGGCUUAACGUUGAUUUCUUAAUGCAGUUUGUUCUGAAAAUCGGUGCUAAUGUUUUUUUUACAAAAUGGCCAUCAUUCUCACCGGACUACAGUUGGCCUCAGUGCUUCUGUGUUGUGAGAGGGGAGAAAUCUGACUGUUCCUGAUCCCUCCUAUCCAGAGCCCAUUAACCACACACCCCCGCUGAGCGUGUGGGCUGGAGCUUUCAGAAGAGAGAAGAUGAUUUGCAAAGUAGGCACAAGGCAGGGAACAGAAUUUGAAGCUGCACUUUAAAGACUUUCUUUUGAAUUAGAAUUUAGCUGAUAAAGAUAUAUAUUGCAAUAUCCUUAGUUUUACAAAAAAAUAGUAGGAGCUAAUAUAAACUAUACCUGGCGUUCCUGUUAUCCGACUGGGAGCAACAUUGGCUGUUGCUCUAGCUGCUUAGGAAUGAAUGCAAAUGUGAAAAUGGACCAGAGUUGAAAUCGGAGAGAGAAAAUAAUUUCAAGGGGAAAAAAAUCCACUUUGGCUGACAUCCCUCCCAUUUCCUACUUACCCUAAAGUCUCAGGGUUGGCUACUUUGUGCACCUACCCAACCUACCCCCAGGUCAACGUCAAUGCUGCUCUGCCACCAGCCACUAAGAUGUAGUUGGGAGGCACGUUCCUUCUAUGUGCUUGUCCUUUCCAUCUAUGUUGUUUACUCCACUGAGGUUGAGAGCUCACCGAGUCUAAGGGAAAUAAGAGCAUAUUUCACAAUGGCUGGUGCCUAAAAUACACCAAAGGUGCAAUUAGACUGAGCUGUACUGUGGCAAUAGUCAUGUGGAUGUAAAGGAUGGACCUACUUGCUUACCAAGCGUCUGCUGGAAGGCCAGAGAUUGACCCCCUAAUAAAGAUUAUGCCAAUUCACUGGAUCGUUGUGAAUCAAAAUCUCACACUAUUCUUAUACCAUUCUUUCUCCUCUUGACCUGCUGACAUGAACAUUUUAUUCUGUUUUGGAAUUAAACUUACUUCCUUUUGGCCUUAGAAUUUACAAAGGAGCUACUGACUGAUUUUUUUUUCACCAGUCUUUUUGAAGAUGCACUGGAAUGCAUUAUCACAUGGGUUGUAACGUUUCUUAUAUUUCUUGUCAUCUUUAAAGGGUGGUGAAUUGUAAUAAAAUCUUUAAACUUA